GCAGAUAAGGUCAGUCGUGUACUUGCAAUGUAAGGAGGAAAAAAUCCACAGUCCUUUCUUUGUGCAACAAUGUAUUCCAAAGUGUAUCUGAAGCUAAUGUGAGGCUUCGGCUGAGACAAAUUAAGAUGAUAUCUUCUAAAUGUACACGCCAUUUAGUACAACAUGCACUGUUUUUGUUACUAUCCCUCCACUGCAACUCAACAGGAAAACAUUAUCCAGGGAAAACGAAACAAGCUGUGUUUUAAGACACACUUGAACAAUCGUGAACCCUUUUAAAGUUAUAGAGGUUUAGUUUGUAUUUUUUGUAAGUUAUCACGACAAUCUGAAUAACCGACAGGAAAGCCAACAUUGCAUGUGAACACUGAAUUUUUCUCCUUAGGCCUAAAAGGCAGGUUGUUGUGUUGGACGAUUCUGAAUGUAAAAAUACAAUUAAGUCCUUUUCAUUGACAACCUCCACCCACAAAUACAAUGCCACUUCUCUUCAGGAAAGUAGGCUUUCAGAUCAGAUGUUCACUGUGUUGUUCAAUCUAUUUUUAGCUGCCACGUAUUUCAUAUUCAGCCUUUCUUGGAUUGCAGUCUUCUUCGCCGUAUGUGAGCAGAUAUCAACCUGCAGCAUGAAUGUUAUGUGUUAUUGUAACCAUCAAGACAAACAAUAAUUAUGUAACACACACAUGCAUAUUAGGCAGACAUAGUCACAUACAAUGUACUAUAACCACAAAUAUUAUAGAUAACCUAAUCUAGUAUUAACUUCAAGUGACUUGUUGUUCGUCAAGUAAAAUGCUGUUUCUUUCUGAGCUGGUGUGAACAGUCUGGGUCAAUACUAACUGAAACCACACUGUUUGAACACAGUUGGGCAACAAUGCUACAGUCGCUAAAUUCUCUGAUGUAUCAAAUGAGUCGUAGUAUAUUGUUUUGAACCGACCAUCCCCUCUAGAUGAUGAAUUGCUAACUACACCCUGAAUUAUUAAGUAGGUUAAAACCAGUGUGGCACAUUCAAAUUCAUAUCCUGAAAAAUGACAUUUCAAGCAUGUAGUUUCCAACCCAUUUUAGGAAACCCAACAACUGGCCAAUAGGGCUUUAUUUCCUGUUUCCCAGCUCAGCUACAUACAGUGCUGUUUCACAGUGCUGCAUGAUUUGAGUUACUCCCACAAAAGACAUGCACAGGAAAACCAAGAGCAUUUGCUACUUCAUGUCAAGAACAAUAGAUAGGCUGUUAGUGUGCUCGGAGGCUUUCAUGAGACAAGUAUAAGGCACGCUCAAUUAUUAUGUUGUUGACAGAGGAAUCACUAAGGACUUAAACCCGAGGACUUAUGCUGUUUCUAACUGUGGAUUUACUGUAUUGUACAUGACAAACUACUGAUCAUGUCUCUCCCAGAGGAGGAUCUCACAUGUCCAAUCUGCUGUGACAUUUUUACGGACCCUGUCUUGCUGUCAUGUAGCCACAGCUUCUGCAGGAGCUGUCUGAAGCGCUGUUGGGAAACAGGGUUACGUGAGUGUUCAGUGUGCCGGAAAAGAGCCUCCAAGGCCAGUCCUCCCACCAAUUUGGCUCUGAGAAAUGUCUGUGAAGCUCUUUUGUUGGCCAGACAGAGUUCAGUGGUCGUGGAAGAAAAGAUGAACUGUAAUCUGCACUCGGAGAAGUUAAAACUCUUCUGUCUGGUUGACAAACAGCCCAUCUGUGUGGUGUGUCAGUCUUCCAAACUGCACAAGAGUCACGACUGCUCGCCCAUAGAAGAGGCAGUGCUGGACUGCAAGGUUGAACUUGCUUUAUCUCUUAAAAACUUGCAAGAUAAAAUGGACUGCCAAAAAAGAAUUCACAUGGCGUCUGCAGACAUGUUCAAGUACAUCAAGAGUCAGGCGCUGAAAACACAGACAGUGAUCGAGAGCCAGUUCAAGCAGCUCCACCAAGUCCUCUACCAGGAGGAGGCAGCCAGAAUAGCGGCUGUUAAAAAAGAAGAAGAAGAGAAGACUGUAGGAUUGAAGGAUAAGAUUAAAGAACUUACAUCAGAAGUGCUGUCGCUCUCAGAGACCAUCUCGAUCAUAGAGGAGCAGCUGAAAGAAGAAGAUAUGAUCUUGUUGAAGAAUUUCAAAGCCACUCAGGACAGAGAAAAAAGCUUAACGCUUGGAUCAGAAAACUUGUCCGGGUUACUGAUUGAUGUGACCAAGCAUCUCUGCAACCUGAAGUAUAAAGUCUGGGAGAUGCUGGACAAUAUUGAUUAUGCUCCUGUGACUUUGGACCCAAACACAGCACACCCCUGCCUCAUCCUGUCUGACGACCUCACUUCCCUCCACUACUCAAAGCAGCACAGCUGUUGCCCUGACAACCCAGAGCGCUUCCACAUCAGCGCUGAAGCGGUUGGCAUGGCGGCCCUAGGCUCAGGAAGCCAUCACUGGGUGGUGGAAACAGGAAGUAAUCAGGACUGGCUGCUGGGUGUGGCCUCUUUGUCUGUACCGAGGAACUCUGAGAUCUCUGCUCGGCCUGAGAACGGCUUCUGGACUUUGUGUUUCCGGGAAGGAGAGUUCAGGGCAAUGACCUCGCCACCCACACCACUGACAGUUACAAGAGCGCCCAAACAAGUCAAAGUUCAACUGGAUUACAACAAAGGGACAAUGUCUUUUUUUGAUCCUGCUGAUGACACACUGAUUUAUGCGUUCACACACACGUUCACAGAAACUUUACUUCCAUAUUUUUAUACUCAGAGCAGUGAGUCAUUGAGAAUAAUGCCGGAGAAAGUACUUGUCACAAUGUUGCGUCAAUAAGUGGAUGAAGGAUUAUUUAAAUAAGAAAAUAUGUAAAAAAAAUAGAAGAUUGGGAUUGGGGUAAUGAAUAAAGAUAGUAAGAGUAUUUAAAAAAUGUUUCUGUUAUAUUUGUUGAAAUUCUGUUUACAUACAGACUGUCAUCAAUAAAUCAAAUGCUCUGACAAAAAAAUAUAUAUCUGGUAUUCGUGGCCGUCGCAGUCGACUGUAUAAGUAUAUCAAAUCCUUUCAUUCGGUUCGAAGCUGGUCGACUUUCUUGCUAGAUAUAACGACUUUUGGAGCUACUGCUGCUAGCUACUUAAAUUGGAAAAAUAAUUAGCAACAUUGGGAUGGGCUUUUUCAGUUGAAUCAUUUUUAAUAUCUAGCUUACUAACGUUACCUACCCAAGCUUUAAUUUCUCUCAAAGAAGUCAUGAGAAGUAUUACUUUUUUCAGAUUGUGAAGGCAAAUGUGAUUUCAGCAAGAAAACAAAUGAGCGUAUUUCCAAACAACUGUUCCUUUUAACAGUAAUGUUCAGAUAGUCACAUCCCUGAAUAAACCAAUAAUGGGUUAGGGUUAGGGUGAGAGCGCAUUUGCAUUUAAUGAAAAAUGUUUAGAUAAAUAUUAAGAAGUUCUAGGUUAGGUCUUUUGAAAUGCUUGUUCUAUGAUUCUUCUAUUGAUGUUAAUCAUAUUUUGUUGGAUUUCAAAUGAAGGAGAUGUUUCUAACCCAUGUAGCACAAUGCACUUUAAGAAAUACACAUCACGCACAUGCAAAUUCGUCACACAUGGAUUAGACUUUACAGUUGAGUUUAUUGGCCUACUUUGU